ACAACGAAUGGGAUAUGGAUAGCAAAAGCUCCUGAUAUUGAACCGUUAACUGUGGUGCUAGAUUUGGAGGGUACAGAUGGUAAAGAGAGGGGAGCGGAUGAUACAGCAUUUGAGAAGCAAAGCGCCUUGUUUGCUAUAGCAAUUUCUCACACAGUCAUCAUAAACAUGUCAUUGAAUGAUGUUGGCCGCGAGCAUGGUGCGAAUAGGCCUCUUCUGAAGACCGUUUUUGAGGCUAUGCUAUCACUAUCCUUGUUUAGUCCUCAGAAAACAACUCUUCAUUUUGUGGUACGCGACGGAAACAUAGAGACAGGGACCCCCUCAGAAUCAUUGGAGCUUGAUUUGAAGGAGGAUAUCGAGAAGAUUUGGGAAGCGGUUCCCAAGCCUCCGGGCAAUGAGGGCACUCUACUCACUGAGAUCUUCAAUGUGGAGGUUACCGUGUUGUCCCAUUAUUUUAAUAUGAGAGAUAAGUUUAAUGAAGAGGUGGCCCAACUCCAAAAGCAAUUAAUUUCACAUACCGAACAUUCUACAUCAAAAAUUUCUUUGAGCAGUGCCAAGAAACUAUGGGAUGACAUCAAAAAAUAUAAAGACUUCCAAGUUCCACCUUUUAGGGCUUGGUUAGAAUUAGAACAAAAUGCUGUAACUCGACUUGUGCAGAACUUUGGUGCACAAACAACCUCUAUCUUGACUACGUAUCUCUCCGAGUAA